AACACGAGAGGAGAAGCAAAAAAAUAAAGGGAAGGGAAGGGGGGGGAGGUUGCCACGGUGAGUUGGCCGCGCCCAGUCCAGGGCUUGGCUCGCGCGCUUUGCAGGACGCUCAGCCCAGACCAGACGGCGUGCGUGGAGGGCGAGCGGGAGGAAGCGGGCCGAAACUGCCAGGCAUCCAUUGCAACCAACCUGGGAAGCUCCCUCCCUUCCCCCCGCGCGAGCCUGGCUGGCUGCUCCGAGGGAAAGGCGGCCUGAGGGGAGAAAUGCGGGAGGCGGGGACUGUCGCCCGCCUGCUUCCAAUGAGCUCAUCCUGCCUGGCUGGCGCUGCUGGAAGAGUCCCGCUCGGGACACACACCGAGAGACCCUGAAGCGCCUCGGAGGCGCUGGACUCCCGGAGAAACGGAAAAAAAGAACAGUGUUAAAAUGUUAAAAGCCGUUUUGAAGAAAAGCAGAGAUGGUGGAAAGGCAAACAAGAAGGAAUCUGGUGAUUCGUGCUCAGAAAGUGCACUACAGAUAAUUGCCACAUCUGGCCACCAUGCAGAUUUCCCCAGUGGUAUCCAGCCUGCACCGGAAGAUGUCUACAGAAUGAACUUGGCCAAAGGAGUUUCAAUGUCUUUGCCAUCAUCACCUUUGCUGCCUCGCCACGCCUACUUGAUGCAAUCAAGAGCAAGCAAAAAAUCUCCAGGUCCCAUCAGGAAGCCCAAGUAUGUAGAAAGUCCCCGGAUACCAGGAGAUGCAGUCGCCGUAUCAAUGAGGAAAGUGUUGGAGCCGACAGAUCCCAACCAGAAUGAAACAAAGUCAGAGAAAGAAUCAAGCUGUUCACCAGCGGCUCAGGAACUGAUGACAAGACUGGGAUUUUUACUGGGAGAAGGGAUUCCAACGUCUGCCCAUAUCUCUGUGGAAGAAAAGCGCGAAGCUAUGUGCACCAUAGCUAGCCAAGGAGUCAGUCCCUGCUCUACCCUGACGAGCAGCACCACGUCGCCAAGCACCGACAGCCCCUGCUCAACUCUGAAUAGCUGUGCUGGCAAAACGGCGGCCAACAAAAGUAGUCCCUGUGGGACCAUUAGCAGCCCAAGCUCUACGUUGGAAAGCAAGGAUAGUGGAAUUAUAGCGACAGUAACAAGUUCAUCUGAAAACGACGACCGUAGUGGAUCCAGUUUGGAGUGGAGCAAAGACGGAAGCCUCAGAGCUGGUGCACAUCAAGGAAUUAUUCAUGAACGGAGAACAGAUAAUUGCUCACCAGUUGCAGAAGAGGAGACGGUGGGGUCUUCAGAAAGUCUGCCAAAAGUGGAAGCAUCUUCUGGAGAUGGCCCUGUGACUUACACUCAAAGCUCUGGCUCAUUAGUAAUGCCUCGGCCCAAUUCCGUUGCAGCAACAAGCUCCACCAAGCUAGAAGACCUGAGCUAUUUGGAUGGUCAGAGGAAUACACCAUUGAGGACCUCAAUUCGCUUACCGUGGCACAAUACUGCUGGAGGGAGAGUUCAGCAAGAAAUAAAAGCACGUUUUGUCCCCUAUAAGCCUCAAGACAUUCUGCUUAAGCCACUAUUGUUUGAAGUGCCAAGCAUAACAACGGACUCUGUGUUUGUCGGAAGAGACUGGCUGUUUCAGGCAAUAGAGGAAAAGUUGAAGAAUAAUAAAGAGCAGGCAGAAACCAGGGGAGCUGUUGUUGUUGGAAAUGUGGGAUUUGGGAAGACUGCUAUUAUUUCAAAGCUUGUGGCACUUAGCUGUCAUGGAAGUCGCAUGAGGCAGAUUGCUUCCACCAGCUCUAAUUCUUCUCCCAAAAGCAGCGACCCCUGUCAAGAGAUUCCUCUCAGCCAGAUACCUGCUUCUGUUGCCUCGGCGGGUACCAGUACAAGCAAAACAUUCAGCUGCCCCCCAGCUCAGGAACAUCCGAACCAAAUGGCAGAAUCUGUUAGACGCCUUGCGUCAAAGGUUGUUGCCUAUCACUACUGUCAAGCUGACAACACUUAUACAUGCCUUGUCCCAGAAUUUGUGCAUAGUAUCGCUGCUCUUCUUUGCCGGUCUCAUCAGUUAACAGCAUACAGAGAACUUUUGAUAAGGGAACCACAUCUACAAAGUAUGCUUAGCCUUAGGUCCUGCGUUCAAGAUCCAGUAGCAGCAUUCAGAAGAGGAGUGCUGGAACCACUUGCAAAUCUUAGGAAAGAACAGAAAAUUCCAGAAGAGGAAUAUAUCAUUUUGAUAGAUGGCCUAAAUGAGGCUGAAUUUCAUAAACCUGAUUAUGGGGACACGGUUUCUUCAUUCAUCACAAAUAUUAUUUCUAAAUUUCCUCCCUGGCUAAAACUGAUUGUGACUGUAAGAACGAACUUCCAGGAAAUAAUCAGCUCAUAUCCUUUCUUUACAAUCUCCCUGGAUGAUUUCCCUGAAAAUAAAGAAAUACAGGCUGAUCUGAAUGUGUACAUUCAGUACAGGAUCGGUGCCAGCCAGGAUAUUGUAAACAAUAUAUCUCUGAAUGGAAAAGCUGAUGCAGCUAUAAUUGGGAAAGUGAGCAACCAUCUGAUCAUGAGGAGCAUGGGAUCCUAUCUCUACUUGAAAUUGACCCUGGAUCUCUUUCAGAAGGGUCACCUAGUGAUCAAAAGUGCAAGCUACAAGGUAGUUCCGGUCUCGCUCUCUGAGCUCUAUUUGCUUCAGUGCAACAUGAAGUUCAUGACGAACUCAUCAUUUGAAAGGGCUCUGCCGGUGCUGAAUGUGGCUCUAGCAUCACUUCACCCAAUGACAGAUGACCAGAUUUUCCAGGCCAUCAAUGCUGGCCAGAUAUAUGGUGAACAGGACUGGGAAGAGUUCCAUCAGAGGAUGGAGUCCCUUUCAGGCUUUUUGAUAAAAAGACGAGACAAAACACGAAUGUUCUGCCAUCCAUCCUUCAGGGAGUGGCUGGUCUGGAGAGCAGAGGGUGAAAACACGGACUUCUUGUGUGAACCAAGGAAUGGGCAUGCACUCCUGGCUUUCAUGUUCUCAAGGCAGGAAGGAAAGCUUAACCGUCAGCAAACAAUGGAGCUUGGGCAUCACAUUCUGAAAGCACAUAUAUUCAAGGGGCUCAGCAAAAAGACUGGAAUUUCUUCCAGCCACCUUCAAGCCUUGUGGAUUGGCUAUAGCACUGAUGGUUUGUCAGCAGCUCUUGCAUCCUUGAGAAAUCUUUAUACACCCAAUGUAAAGGUGAGUCGUCUGCUGAUUUUGGGUGGUGCAAAUGUAAACUACAGGACAGAAGUUCUCAACAAUGCUCCAAUAUUGUGUGUUCAAUCUCAUCUUGAUCAUGAAGAAGUGGUCCUCCUUCUGCUCGAAUUUGGUGCCACCAUUGAUGGUGCGUCUGAGAAUGGGAUGACCCCACUUUGCUGUGCAGCAGCUGCAGGCCACAUGCAUAUAGUUUCACUACUCUGCAAGAAAGGAGCAAAGAUCAAUCACUUGGAUAAAAAGGGACAGUGUGCUUUGGUUCAUAGUGCCCUAAGGGGCCAUUCUGAUAUUCUUGAAUAUCUGCUGAACAUGGAUUGGAGCACCUCCCAGCAGCAGAAUUCACUGACAAAGCGACAGGCACUUCAGCAGGCUCUGACAGCAUCUUCAAGCAUGGGACAUUGUCAGGUGAUUCAUUUUCUGAUGCGGAUUGAAAAGGAGCCUAAAAUUGACAUCAAUGAAACAGACACACUGUGGGGAGAAACAGCUUUGACUGCUGCUGCCGGGAGAGGAAAGCUGGAAGCAUGUGAACUAUUACUUCAACAUGGUGCUCUAGUAAUGAGAACUAAUAGGAGAGGCAUCCCUCCCCUUUUUUGUGCUGUGCGUCAGGGACAUUGGCAGAUUGCAAAACUUCUGCUGGAAAAGGGAGCUGAUAUAAAUUUAAGUGACAAGCAAGGCAGGACACCACUCAUGGUAGCUUCUUGUGAAGGACAUCUGAGCACUGUUGAAUUUCUCAUCUCCAAAGGUGCAGACAUUUCAUUGCUGGACAAGGAGGGCCUGACAGCACUGAGUUGGGCUUGCCUCAAAGGACACAAGAGUGUGGUCCAGUAUUUGGUUGAGAAAGAUGCCACAAUAGACCAGACGGACAAGAAUGGAAGAACCCCCUUGGAUUUAGCAGCUUUCUAUGGAGACUCGGAUAUUGUGCAGUAUUUGGUUGAGAAGGGUGCAGUGAUUGAACAUGUUGACAAUAGUGGGAUGCGCCCAUUGGACAGAGCAAUUGGAUGUCGAAAUACAUCAGUGGUGGUCACACUGCUUCGAAAAGGAGCCAAAUUAGGAAAUGCAGCAUGGGCCAUGGCUACUUCGAAACCUGAUAUUUUGAUUAUCCUACUACAAAAGCUAAUUGAGGAAGGAAACAUGAUGUACAAAAAAGGGAAGAUGAAAGAGGCAGCACAGCGGUACCAGUAUGCCUUACGGAAGUUUCCUCGAGAGAGUUUUGGAGAAGAAAUGAAAGCUUUCAAUGAGCUCAGAGUUUCCUUAUAUCUAAACCUCUCAAGGUGCCGCAGAAAAACAAAUGAUUUUGGCUUGGCAGAGGAGUUUGCUACCAAGGCACUUGAUCUCAAACCCACAUCCUAUGAAGCGUAUUAUGCUAGAGCAAGAGCCAAGAGGAACAGCAGGCAAUUUCAUGCAGCCCUUGGUGACUUGCGAGAAGCCAUAAAGUUGUGCCCUGGAAACCAAGAAAUAAAGAGGCUGCUAGCUCGAGUUGAAGAGGAGUGCAAACAACUCCAGAGAACACAGCAACAAAAGCAGCAGUGUCCUCUGCCAGCCCAACCGAGCAAUGACUCUGACAAUGAGGGGGAAGCUCUUGUUCAGGAUCACUUCAGUCUGGAAGAGAUAGAAGAGGAGGAACUUUUGCAUGAAGACGAGCUUGGUCCAUCUGGGCAGAGGCUGCCACUUUCCCAGGCUAAUACAUCAAGCAGCAGAAACUCUCAGGAAGGCAGCCAGCAGAAAUUUAGACCCAUAUCCCCUCCAAACAGAGCAGGCAGUAAAUUCCUGAGAGAGCCUGGCUUAACUAUGCAGCCCACAAAACAAGCACAGAUAGUAAAAACCAACCAGCACCUGAAUUCCGUCCAGUCUGUGGCAAGAACUGGAUCUAGUCAGUCCAGCACUAAGACUCAGCCUCUUCAAUAUCUUCCUCCAAGCCCUGUGACCUCCAGGCACCUCACGAAUCCAAGCUACAAUAAAAGCCAGCAUUUGGAUGGGACAAGUACACUAUCAGGAAAUAUCACCACGGGCAAUAACAGCUCAGCAGUAUUCAAUGAAAGACCGACAGCAGUCCAGGUUCCCUACUUGCAGCAUAGUGAUAAAGGAUCGCCUCAUUCCUUCAUGAGUAAGUCCAAAACGCAUGAGAGGCUAGCUGUCCACACUCCUGCAAACAUCGAAAACAUAGGUCCAUUACAAUCUCAAGGAACUGGUGAGUUAAGGCAGCAAAACCCUAUCUGCCCUGGUCUGCUUUCUGUUAGCAUGGUAGCUUCCAGCUCAACAAGCAGCCUGUCCUCAAGCAGCAGCUUCUGCGAGAGUGUAAAAGGGCAAAGUCCAGAUAUUCGGCUCAAGGAAAGCAAAGGUAGUCAAUGUCAGAGUGGAACAGCAGAACAUAGGCCUCGGAAUACUCCCUUCAUGGGGAUCAUGGAUAAAACUGUGCGGUUCCAGCAGCAACAGCAACAGCAGCAGCAGAUGAACCUAUCAAAUCGCAGUUGGCAUGGCCAAGCUGCAGAAGGGUUCCUGAAAAGUGCUGGAACGACACUGACUUUGAGCUGUGAGCAGUUCUCUGCCAAACAUGCAGGCAGCUAUGGCAAUCCUGCAGCUUGCUCUUCAAUACCAGGAGAGAGCAUCCAGAACGGAACUCAGCCUAAAGAACUAGAGGAACUACAGUGCCAAGCAUCUGCCUGCUCACAAGAUAGCAGGAUAGGUAAGCCUGUGGCUCAUUUGUACCAGGAAGUUCUCUCUAAACAGCACACUCAGCUUAAUAAAGACAUUCAUUUGAGUCACGUGACUUCUACAAAGCCAAAGCGAUCUUUCGUAGAAUCUAAUGUCUGAAUAAUGCUAGCCAUUUUAUUACAAACUAAUAAUAGUGAUGAACCAUCUCCCUGGUUGUUAAACUUAGUGCAUAGUAGCAUAUAAGUUACUGAUAUUAAUCACUAAUAUUUUACAGGGUGCAUAACAGAAACCAGAUCAUCCAGCCACUUCUUUAACACUAAGACUGUCCACAGCAUGCCUGUGACUAUUAAUCAAGAGAUGAGUGGCCACCAUAGAGUUAAGAAGCUAUUUGUUUAUGUAGGAGAAUAUGUUUUUUCUAAGAGAGGAUUUAAACAGGCUUGCCUGCUUAACUAGACUGGUCAGUAAAUCAAGCUGAGUCCUUUUGAGAAAGGCAAAUACAAUUAUUUUGUACAGCCAUGUAUAUCUGUUACUGCUUGAAAUGAAUUAAUUCCUGCAAGGUGGUGGGAUCCACAGAACAUCCAAAUCUGUCCAUGAAUGUUCUUUAUCAGGAAGAUUUAGUAGUAGUAUUCCAGUUUCAUAAGGAUUCAGGUGUAAACUAUCACCUCUGUGCAAAUCAUUCAGCAGCCAAUGUGCAACUGAGGUUGACUUUCAUUACUGCAAUUUAGGAGGUAAAUUACAGGAUAUUUUGCAUGAAUUUUGUCCAACAUCCUGGUUAUUGCACUGAGUAUAUAAUUAUGACAUGUUAACAACAUAUAACAGCACUUUACAUAGUUUAUUCAAACACCUUUUGAGGUGCUAUGUCAGUACAAGAUGGAGGAUAAAGAGGAAUACAAGCUUUGCUAGCGUUUUUACAGAACACUCAACAAAUGUCUGAGGAGUAUAGCAUGUGCAUUUACUUUAUAGGAACGACAUCUAAUACUUUCCUCAGUGUUUCACAGUGGAAAAGCUUUCUUUUCAAUUUCAAGGAUGUUUUCAAGAUGGGUAGUUUGUAAGGACAUUCCUGUGAGGUUGGAGUUAUACAAGCUUGGAGUAUUCUGUUGCCCUUUAACAGUGAUUUCCAUGUGUACAGUAUGUAGGUACAUUAUAACAGCAUUCUUGUGUGAUUUUUUAAAAAACUCGCAAUUUAAAAAAUGAAUUGUUAUUCUCUACUCUAGCUUAUUUAUUGUUUAUCUUGGUAUUUGUACAAUCUUAUUUUAUUCUCUUGUUCUGUAGAUCUAUUUUUUGCACAGCUACUGUAUUUUCCCAUAUGAAAUAAAAGACUAUUAAUAUAA